GUGGAAAACAAAAUAAUGACGACAACUUCUCUAGACCUCCCCCUAACCGUGUUUGGACCAUUCCACCAAAGGAGGGACUCGGGGUUAUGUGAUGCCCUUUUACCACCAAGGUCGGGCCAGCCCUCCCCAGAACCGUCCUGUUCGCUGCAGUCGGGCACGCGUUCCCCCUGCUCCGAGCCAGAUGUCACUCUUACACAACCAACACGUCUCUAUGGACUAUCGGGGCUACAGACCAACGUAAGGCGAGAGCGGCCGAGAUCCCGGGGACUGGUCCCGAAGAAAGCCCGAUUCCCGGCGUGGCAACACUUCAGAAACGGAGACUGCGGCACCAUGUUAGGCAGGAAGACGUUCACAGCCGACCAGUACCUCUACUCCAAAUCACCACUCCUACACCAUGACUUCAAGCAGAAGAAGAAGAAGCAUGUCCGGCAAAGAUUCGUGGAGAAGAACGGUCACUGUAACGUUUCUCACGGAAAUAUUCGGGAGCCGACCAGGUAUCUCGUCGACAUCUUCACGACGGUGAUAGAUCUAAAAUGGCGAUACAACCUCUUCAUCUUCAGCUCGGUGUUCAUCACGAGUUGGUUGUGUUUCGGGUUCAUUUGGUGGGUCAUCUGUUUCGCCCACGGAGACUUCGAGCCUCAGGAGGAAGGCUUCACGCCGUGUGUGAACCAAGUGUACGGAUUCACGUCAGCUUUCCUCUUCUCGGUAGAAACACAGACGACAAUCGGCUACGGCUCACGGCACAUCACGCCGGAGUGCCCGGAAGCGGUGUUUCUCUUGCUGCUACAGUGCAUCUGCGGUCUGAUCAUCAAUGCCUUCCUCUUGGGCUGCAUCUUCGCGAAGGUAGCCCAACCUAAGAAACGGGCACACACCCUGAUGUUCAGCAACGUCUGCACCAUUUCAAAGAGAGACGGCGUCAUGUGUCUGAUGUUUAGGGUAGGGGACUUGAGAAAAAGCCACAUAGUAGAGGCGCACGUGCGCGCACAGUUAAUUCGUUCUUAUACCACUCCGGAGGGUGAAUUCAUCCCGGUGUUACAGGAAGACUUAGAUGUAGGGUACGACGAUGGUUUGGACAGACUUUUUCUGGUGACGCCCGUUAUAGUGUGUCACGAGAUCGACGAAGACAGUCCUUUCUGGGACAUGACACCUGAGGAGAUUCUGGCGGGGGAUUUCGAGGUCGUGGUGAUCCUGGAGGGGACCGUCGAAGCUACCGGCAUGACCACGCAGGCCCGCAGCUCCUACACCCCCGACGAGAUUAAAUGGGGACAUCGGUUCGAGCCUAUCACCACCAUCGAGGAUGGAAGAUACCAAGUGGAUUACUCGAAGUUCAACACGACCAUCGAAAUCCCGACUCCUAGAUCCUCUGCACGGGAAAUCAUGGGUUUCUCCACGCCCACCUCCAAGAGGAGUUCCUCCCGCCGGAGCUCCUCUCUCAGCUCGGGCAAAUCUAUCGACGACGAGGACGAGGAUAAGUCGUCGUCCGGCGUCGUUUUCGAGGAUGAACUGAACGGUUCCGUCGGGAACGCCGUGGACAAAUAUGCCUAUCCCAUGUCAUCCGGAUUGUCCGAGGAUGUCAGAACGGGCAGGGUUCGUGUCAUACCGGAGAGUAAAGUGUGAAACAGAAAAGAUUCUACCGUAUGGAGGAGCUGGCGACACACGUGCCUUGACGACUCGAGGAUAGGAUGGCUAAUACUCUCACCAAGACUGAUCUUGAAAAACAAAUAAUAAGGUGUAAAUAUCAUGAAUGUAGGCACAGGCGUGUCGUGCCUUAAAGUGCGUCACUUUUCAUUCUACAUGAAAAAAAUAAUCAUAUUAUAUGUAAAGUGUACGUCUUAUCAUCGACAUGUCAUCUUAACUAUGCAGAACCAAUCCCAUAUGAAGUGGACACAUACAUAUUGAAAUAUGCCAUUAUUGUUGCUGUUGAUUCUAAGUGUAAACUACAAUAUGUUGCUCUUGAGAUCAUUUCGGCAACUACGCAUUCUCCGGCCCAUUUCUGUUUGCGCAACUCUUUUGUAAACAUGUUCUAGAGGUUAUUUGUUGUAGGUUACACGAAAUGUUACAGGCUUAGUAGAAACCGUAUGUUCUUGUAUCAGUGUCUGUUUGCUUCAUGGUGCUGUUUUCGUUGCGGUAGGAGCGGGACUUGUUGACCAGUGUAGUGACGUGCCGCCAACAGCUGCCUCAACAGCGCGGUUUGAACAGGGCUACCCUGGUCAUCUAUCCAGGACAUAUCUGGUGCUAUAUAUGUAUGUAAGCGAUAUUUGAUAGCUGCCAUGUCUUCCACGGGCUGAACAUCCAGAGUGAAACUUCGGAAUUCAUCUUAUGUUUAGUCUCUGGAAAAAGAACAACUGAUGAUGUUCAUGAUUGGGUCGGAGACGAUUGUAAUAAAUCUUAGUUGCCGGCGAAAUUGUUGCUAUGGCAUUCGGAAUAAAAUCAUGUUGCUGA